UGGGAAUCCAACAAGCCAAGUCCAGCCCUACCAUCUGCUGUUACCCCGCAGUAUUUAAUCUCAUUCGCUGAAUCGUGUGUGCUUUCUCCCAGGAACCAAUUUGAGGUAGCUUACCUACUAUUGAGUGUCCAUCUACGUAAGACAUUGGUCCGAGUCAGUGGUCACGGGCCUCAAUAACUCGUCACUCUCCCGAGACUCGUGCGUCGCGUGCGCGCUGCAAGUAUGUCUUUGCGUGUCGGCGACGACGGACGUGGACGCUCUCAGUCUCGCGAUCGUAGUCGGCAGCGCGUCUCAGAGUCGCCCUCCAUCCUGAACGCCGUUCGCAUGCCCUCUCCGCCCGCCGGCUUCAGCUACGACGAUACAGGCCCGCGACGGCCUGCCUACGAUUAUAACCACAAUGGUCACCGAGACUCAUACCGCAUAGCCUCUCCCACCCAAGAGUCACGAUACUAUAGUCGGAGCCAUGAGGGUAUCGACAUGCCCUCCAUGCCAGAUGUAGACUCACGGUAUUCUAAUGCCACUACCCAAGAACCGCGCAGGUCCAAAGGCGACGUGAAUGUGGUAGAAGCCGUGCAAAGUACGCUUCGAAAGGGUGCUGACGCAUUUCUGCCCGCUAAAUAUGCGUCCAAGCCACAAGAGAGCCGCGAUGAGAAAAAGAGCCGCAAGAAGGAAAAGGAAGAGGAACACCUGGCUUACGGUAGCGUCCCAUCCUUGGCUAAUACCAAGCCCAGUGCCGGCAGCCAUCAGCCUCCACAGCCUACGCAGAAUUAUACUAUGCCAGGACAAUGGGUUCAUGACAAGCCUGACGAAAAGUUGCCGUACUCAAGCGUCAAUGCCGCUCCGCCUAUGCCGAGCUCAUCUCAUCGCAACUCCUAUGGCGCGGAUCCUCGAUAUUCGGCGCCCAAUGUACUGGCGGUCAACCAGCCCUCAAGCUACGGCCGCAGGGACCAUUCGCCUAAUCCCCCAACUAACCGCAUGUCCACACUGAGCGUGAAUACGGGUCAUCAUUCGGCGUCCUUAUCCUAUAGCAGCAGCUCUGGCGCGCCGCCUGCAUCCCCCCUCCUCGAGUCGUACCAUGGGACGUACCAACAAUCGUCACCAAUGCCGUCUCCGCUGCUUCUCGCCGCGCACAGCCCCAAGACGAGCGGGCUUGAUAUCAUCGAGCCGCUCUCGCCUGGGCUCUCAGAUGGUGAAGGCGGGGAGAAGAAGACGCGACGGCGCGCCCGGUUCUACGAUCCCGAGGAUGACGCAGAGCGGCUGUCGCAGGCCCUCAAGGGCGAGCACCGGGCGCCCAAGACGGAUGUGCUAAUCGAGAUUCUGCCAGGACUGACGCACGAGCAGGUGAUGGAGCUGCGGACACAGUACAAGAAGCUCGUCAAGAUCGGCCCGGACAAGCGCGGCGUGAACAUCGCCAAGCACAUCCGGCUGCGCCUCAAGGACGAAGACCCGGUGUUGAUGAAGGCCUGCUACGCCACAGCGCUCGGCAAGUGGGAGUCCGAGGCGUACUGGGCCAACUUCUGGUACCAGGGCGACAAGACGCGCCGCGAGCUGCUCAUCGAGAGCCUUAUGGGCCGCACCAACGAGGAGAUCCGCAAGAUCAAGGACGCCUUCUCCGACAAGAAGUACAAGGACUCGCUGGUGCAGUGCAUGCGGACAGAGCUCAAGGAAGACAAGUUCAAGAAGGCAGUCCUGCUUGUCCUCGAAGAGCGCCGCAUGGAGGACCGCGACGGGUACGGACGUCUUUUGCCGAUUGAUCGUCGAUUGGUGGAUGACGACGUCGAGGCCUUGUGGAAAGCGGUGCGCGCCGAGAAGGGCGGUGAGAGCGCCAUGAUUCAGAUUGUGCUACUCCGUAGCGACGAGCAUAUGCGAGAAGUGCUCCGACUCUAUGCUAAAGUGUGCCACAGCAACUUUGCGCGAGACGCGCUUGAAAAGAGUGGGAACCUAGUCGGCGAGCUACUAGCGCACAUCCUCAACGGCAUUAUCAACAAGCCCGUCCGAGACGCGCUGCUCCUACACCACGCGCUGACAGCGUCCAGAAAGGAUGGUCUGCGGCGCGAGCUGCUCAUCAGCCGUCUCGUGCGCUUCCACUGGGACCGGCAACACCUCGCUGCCAUCAAGAAGGCGUAUCGUGAACGGUACCGUGAGGACCUCGCGGACGCGGUGCGCGCAGGCACGAGCGGCGAGUGGGGGCUGUUCUGCGAGCAGCUCGUCGUCACGCGCAUGCCCGAUGAAGUCAAGCGCUUCGAGGCCGUCGAGAAAGUCGCCGAUGCGCGGGCUCGCGAGGCCGAAGAACGGGUGCGCGAGCGUGAGAAGGAGAUGGAUCGUGAGUACGAGCGACAGAAGGAGAAGGAGAGAAAGCGAGAAAAGGAGAGGGAAAGGGAAAGGGAAAGGGAAAGAGAAAAGGAGAAGGAGAAGGAGAGGGAGAGGGGAAGACAUCACCAUGGCCGUAAGAGCAGCGAAGGACUGCUAGUCGUCAGGGAUUCUAAGCACCGCGAUCAUAGCCGGAGCCGGGAGCGCAGCAGAAGCCGACGUCGUGAUUAAAGAGAAUGGAAUGGGUACACCUUUCCUCGAUUACGAUGUUGAGCACGAUUUCUCUGUUAUUUGUCAUGAUUUUGCUUUCCUCACAUCUUUAUAUUAUACGACUGAUUCAAAAGGGCCCGGGACACGACUGGUUACUUAUCCACCU